AUGCAGGUUUCUGAACGCCCGCGAAACCGCAGGAUCCUGGUGCUGGGCGCCGGCGUGAGCGGCCUCGCCGCCGCCAAGCAGGUGAAAACUCUGGCGCCUGAAGUGGAAGUCACGGUCUUGGAGGCGAGAGAUCGCCUGGGUGGCCGUGUGUGGUCCGACACCUUCAGCGACGGCAGCGUGAUCGAGAUGGGCGCGCAGUGGUUGCACGGCGCCGGCCCGGAACAUCCCAUCGCCAAACUGGCCCAGGAGCAUCCGGAGUGGGGUGAGCUGCUGGAAACUGACUGGGACACCUGCCCGGACUUCGAGCGGAACGGCGAGGAGCUGUCGGAAGAGCUUCUGCGCCGCACCGAGGAGCUGUUCGAACACACGAAGGGCCUCUAUGAGGCCCACAGGAAAAACAAGGAGGCCCACAUGGACGAGCCGCUUUGGGAGUCUCUCAAGCAGUUGCGGUCCGAGCGCUUCGACUGGGCGCGGCUCAGCCGGGAGGAGGCCGCGCUGCUGCGCUGGCGCUGGCAGCGGGACACCGAGUGGAUCUACGCCGCGCCCCUGGAGAGGUUGAGCUCCAAGUGGUGGGACGCCGACUCGGAGUUUGAGGGCCCAGACUGCAUGUGGGCCGAGGGCUUCCGAAGCUUCACCCGGCACCUCGCCGAGGGCUGCGAGGUGCGCUUCGGCUGCCGGGCUGUGGAGGUGAAGGAGACGGCGGAGGCGGUGGAGGUGCGGUGCGAGGACGAGGCCCUGCGCGGGGACCUGUGCAUCGUCUCGCUGCCGCUGGGCGUGCUGAAGGCGCGUGGACCCGGUGCUGUGCACUUCUCGCCGGCCUUGGCGCCGCGGAAGGUGGAGGCCGUCGAAAAGGUGGGGCUGGGCCUGCUGAACAAAGUGGCGUUGAGGUUUGAGGCUGCCUUCUGGCCGGAGGACAUCGCCGGCUUCGACCGCGUGCCUCCGCGGGAGCUAACUGAGACGGAGAGCGAGAUCGAAGCCCACGAGUGGGUCUUCCUGCCCAGCAGUGUGGGCUCGGUGGCCGUGGCCUACUUCUGCUGUGACAUGGCCAGGCGUGUGGAGCAGGCGCCGGAGCCGGCGCUGACGCGGCGGCUGCUGAGCAUUUUGGCCGAGACUUUCGGCCAACCGCUGGCCGCCCUGCAGGUCUCCUUGCAGGAGGUCAAGAUCAGCCGCUGGGAGGCGGACGAGUUGGCGCAGGGCAGCUACUCCUUUCUGCCGCUGGGCGCGACGCCCGCGGACCGCCAGGUCCUGGCGGAGCCCCACGGCCGCGCAGCUCGGAGCGACCCCGAGCGACGGCAAGCGCCGCCGCCGCGGUGGGGCGCCGAUUUUUUCCCGGGGGCGCAGUUGGGCCAACAGCUCCACGGGCUUUUCGGGGUCCAGAGCUAG